CAAGAAGAAGAAGAAGAAGAAGGCGGAGGAAGCAAAGAAGAAACUAUCAUGCGACAAUUUUCAGAAUGGGUACCCAAGUGAAAGAUGUCAUCAUUAAGCCUGACGCUCCCAGCUCACUGUUGUUGGACAAACAUGCAGACUACAUCGCUGCCUACGGCUCCAAAAAAGAUGACUAUGAGUACACGCUGUCUGAGUACCUGAGGAUGAGCGGUAUCUACUGGGGGCUGACAGUGAUGGACCUGAUGAGCCAGCUGCCCCGCAUGAACCGUGAGGAGAUCAUAGACUUCAUCAAAUCCUGUCAACAUGAGUGCGGAGGUAUCAGCGCCAGCAUCGGACACGACCCCCACCUGCUCUACACCCUUAGCGCUGUCCAGAUCUUGUGCUUAUAUGACAAUGUAGACGCGAUUGAUGUGGACAAAGUGGUGGAAUACGUCAAAGGGCUGCAGCAGGAAGACGGCUCAUUUGCAGGAGACAAAUGGGGAGAAAUAGACACAAGGUUUUCCUUCUGUGCUGUCGCUACACUUGCAUUACUGGGUAAGAUGGACAAGAUAAAUGUUGACAAAGCUGUAGAGUUCGUCUUAUCCUGUAUGAACUUUGAUGGAGGUUUUGGCUGCAGACCCGGUUCAGAGUCUCACGCUGGUCAGAUUUACUGCUGCACCGGUUUCUUGUCGCUCACCGGUCAGCUGCACCAGGUGAAUGCCGACCUGCUGGGCUGGUGGCUCUGCGAGAGGCAGCUGCCGUCCGGGGGCCUGAAUGGACGACCUGAGAAGCUUCCAGAUGUGUGCUACUCAUGGUGGGUGUUGGCGUCGCUGAAAAUCAUCAGCAGGAUUCACUGGAUCGACAAGGCCAAGCUGCGGAUGUUUAUUCUGGCCUGCCAGGACGAGGAGACGGGAGGUUUUGCUGAUAGACCAGGAGACAUGGUGGAUCCUUUCCACACUCUGUUCGGAGUUGCAGGUCUCUCUCUCCUCGGAGAUGAACAGAUCAAGCCGGUGAAUCCCGUACUGUGCAUGCCGGAGGACGUCCUGCAGAGGAUCGGACUGCAGCCGGACCUCCUCAGCUAGCCCCCUGACACCCAUCAUCCCAACAUCCCACAUUCAUACAUACACACACUCAACUACCACCUCCGGAUGUUGGGAGCAGAGAGAGAAGUACCACACAUCGUAGUGUUAGCUGAAGUCUACAGACACAUUUUAGAUGCAGGUGUCAGUCUCCGCUCACUAAGGACAAAAAGCGUAAUGCAGUUCUGCAGCUCAUUCCCUCUGAACCUUUCUGUCUUUAAACCCUCAACCGCUCGUUAUGUUAUCAAGUUGGUUUUCUUGGAUUCGAUUGAGAGAUGGUUUAGACAGUUUUUGAAGGAAUGAGGAAAAGAUGUUUUGAAGUGUAACCGUCGUUACAACAGCACAGAAAUCAUGAAACUACAUUCCUCUACUUUUGUUCACAUAUGUCAGUUUGAGGGAAAACUAAACUGUUAGCACAAGAAACAGUUUGGAAAUGUCUCUCUCUGGUCUUUUUCUUGCUCUCAUCACCUUUUCAGCUUGUCAACUAGCCAAGGAAGUUAUUAUUAUCUUUAUUGUCAUUUUUCUGGCCGGAGACGGGAAGAAGUGCUGAUUUCUUCCUCCUUUUGUUCUACUAUGCUUUAUUAUCAUCUUUGUUACUUGAAUAACAGGAAUAUUCAGUUUUACUUGACAUGUUUGACCUUGAGAGCGUAGAAGGACUAUGUGUGGGAGAAGAUCAGCCAAAUUCAGCUGAAAAGUGAAAGUUAGGUUUAUCAUUUCAUAAGACACUUGACUGUUUGUUAUUGAUUUGGUUUAAAGGCACCACUUCU